AUGGUGGACACUCGUAAAGCAAACAAGCAUGCUCACCCAGGAUUAGUUGACCAGCCGCCUCCCCGUCUAUCACAAGACGAGAUCCUCAGGGAAAAGAGAAAGGCAGCUGACCUGAAAAAGAGUAAGGGUAAGACAUCCAACAAUGUCGUCAAGAUGGAGGAGGCAAUAUGUGCCAAAGAAACUCAAGAUAGAGCGGAGGCACGUCAACCGCGUGGACCCAGUGUGCUGAAAACAACCAGACCGUUGAAGACAACAAAACCGAUGACUCAGAAUCAUACAAGGGACACAGCCGCGAUGAAUGAAGAUGAUGAUGCAAGCCUCAAGGACACUGCAAAUGGGAAUUGUGCAACGAAGAGUCAAAAGGAUAGUCGCGAGGAGAAUGUGAGGCUCACCAAACGCACAUUCAAUGACUCGGAGAAAGGCAACGACUCAGAGUUUGAUGAUGUUGAAUGUUGUCCCUCCAAAAAGACUAAAGCCUCAGCAGUGUCAACCUUCCACUCUACCUCUCAACCAGCUACAUCUGGUGUCAUCCCUGGCUGGUCUUCCAUUGUGGAAGCUAGCGUGCCAAAUCACAACAAGAAACCUGCUUUUCCCUACGGAAAAAUAGCUCAGCAUUCGCAGCCAGCUCCAAACAGCCAGUCCACAGAUUCAUGCACAUCAGAUAUGAACACCUCAGUAAAUCCCUUCUCGGGACUCGACGAUCAUCCUGAUCUCCCUGAUGUUCCUCCAGACGUCGAAAUCACCAAGGCACAGAAGCCAAUUAUUUCUAUGGAGCAGAAAUCGUCAUCUCAAAGAGCUCCAACAUGUGGUGUUUCGCCUCAAGGCAGUGUAGGGGAGGCACAGAGGCAAACAAGUACUGAUUACAUACCAGAAUGGCCCGCCACCUCGUCAAGCGUGUCAAAGGAGCAAGAAGAUCAAGUAUGGCCUGAUCCGUCUACAAGUGGUGCAGAUAGGACAUCGUCACAGAGCUUAUCACAGAGCAAGACACAAGGAACCACACGAUGGACAGUGCCACUGUCACUUUUUCGCUUCGCUGUACCGCUCGAUUCUUCUGACGAUGACGCCCCAUCGUCCACUCAGUUCAAGAACAGAGUCAACAGUGACUCUAAGUUCAGGUCCGAUGUCGACAUGGACGCUCCAACAUCUGCCCAGCCUAGCAAGAGAUCCAAAGUCAACCCAGAACCCAGCUCCGAUCACAAUAUGGAUCACAACAUUGAGGGUCCCAGCAACAUUGAGGGUCCCAAUGAUAUUAACGAUAAGCCCAGCGACGUUGAUGAUAAGCCCAGCGACGUUGAUGAUAAGCCCAGCGACGUUGAUGAUAAUGCUAGUGAUCAGAGUGAUACUCUUGUGAAGGAGAAUAGGGAUGUCAGAAUGGAUGAUGGUGAAGACUGUGACUUGAGGCGCAAGGACAGGAACAGCCGCAAAACUAUGGAGCAUAAAAUACAACUUAAACCCAAUUCUUCCAGGCAACGUAGUGUCCAGUCCCUCAAGUGCUAUGCCUUCAAGACAUGUAUUCAAAUUUCACAAGAGAAGCUCUCCGCAAAUAGCGCCCAGUCGAAGGGUAUGAUGGCCCUUGCCAUUGCUAAGACUGUGAUAAUGACACGGACUUUGAUGGAAAUCUUCCACCUGGGACAAUUCAUCAUUUUAGGACAGUUUUUACGCCAAUGUCACUCGCACACCCUCCAGAAGAAGAAUGAUCUGGUGUUCUUCCUAGUCAAGCAACGCACGUAUGACUGGCGCAGCAUGUUCGCAACACGUGGUGAAAAGGCCGUGGCGGCCUUCAUCUCACGGCAGGUCACAGGCUUCGAUACACCCGUUGAAAUUGAAGCAUACGUUGAAUGGGCCGUCCCCCAAACUCAGGCCUUUCAUGAUGAUGAAGGCAGAGGAAAUGCUCCACCUCCGAUCUUCCAAUUCAUGUGGGCCAAUGUUGAUGAGAGCGACUCUGAGAAUCCAAUAGGGAAGGGGCCGUUUCAGCAUGAGACAAUCCUCAAUACAUUUGCCUUCUAUCUCAAAAGUAUAGCUGCGAUCCCUGAUGGCCUCCGGAAGACCUCAUCCCCAAAAGCUGCACUUGCCCUCACAACUGUCGCAGUUGAGAGAGCAUGGAAGCAAUGGGCUACAGGUGAAUUAGUCCAGGACUCAUUCGAUGAUAAAUUUUCAUCGGCGAUGUGGAAUCUUCCAACACAAGAUAUCCUUGAAUCUAUCGACAAACUCAAACCUCGCACAUGCACGAAAAUACUCGAAGGAGCUGCGCACUUCAUUGGGGCCCAUAAGCCGAAGUCCAUACGCGUUCAACAAUGUUACACAGGUGGAGCAGGAUUAUCAGGAAGGGCCUUAUGUUAUGAGUCUGAGUCUGAGUCAGAGUAG